CAUGUUACCCCCAGGUUCAAGCCAUUUAUUGCACAGGUAGACUUAUUCGUGACCGGCAAUGAUGAAAUUGCAUGACGACAUUAAAAAUGGCAAUAUGGCAGUCCCCUAAAGAUAAAUCCAGAUGUGGAUAUUGAAAGCCCGAGUUCACGCAGAUAUGCGUCUAGUUUAGAUAAAUUUCUUGGGAGCCUUUGGACCAAACUUCAAGUCAAUCCUUGAAGGUUUCAUACCCUAUUAAUUUGUCCAAAGAAGACACACUUGCUUAAAGUGCCUGUGACACCAAAAGUAUUUUCACUUAAAUUAAAACUACAAGUCUUAAAAAGCAAUAAGAAAAAAUUUCAUCUGCAAAUAUUAAAAAUUGAAGAGUUUAUAGCCCUCUGAAUUUGACAAUUUUCUUUAGUUAGUAAAGAGUGGUAUCAAGUCGCGUGGCCAAAACAGGGCUUGAGACGUCAUCUUGUGUACCACAGCUUGCUGGGAUUCAAAGCAUAAUGGCGGAAAACACAACACAAUGUAAGAGAAUGAAGGUAAAAGGAGGAAGAUUAUUGUGAGUUGUUUUCUCUGGUUGUAACUAUGCUGCAACGAAUGGCCUCAAAACUCCUGGGUACACAAGAUGACAUCAUACUGCAGGGUGUCCAGUUCCUAUUUUUUCCUAUUUUUUCCUAUUUUUUGGGCCCAUUCCUAUUUUCUCCUAUUUUUUAACCAGAACCUCCUAUUUUUCCUAUUUUUUAGCCAGUAAAGCCAAAAUUUGUAAUAAAAUUGAAAGUGGAAUUAUAGUUGAAUGUGUUUUAUAGUGAGAUCAUAAAGCACAUAGUACGUUGACUCUGAUGUUCUAAUAUUAGUUAAAGUAAUAGCCACAUUUGUUCUACGAAAGCCAGAUCACUACAAUUCUUUGAAACAGAAAUAAAAACAUAUAUUGGUGGCGAGAAAAAGAGAGAUAAGCGACAGAUAUAUGGCCUACUUGUCAACGGAAUGGACCUCUGUCAUUACACAAAACAGGUCAAGUCGAGAGCGGGUGAAAGAUUCAUUCACGAGGCUUAUUCAUUCAUGUCAGUGUCAUUGUAUACAUAUCUAUGUAUAUAUGUAUACCUUUAUUUGCAACUUCCUUUGGAUCAUAUUAAUUCCGUCGGUUUGGGGUGAAUUGUUAGAGGUACGUUAGCACAGCUUAGCAAAAAUCUCAUGAUCAUGCAUUCUUUGUCAUUGCGAAAUAAUUAAAAAUAAUUUUAUCAAACUUAGAAGCUGUAGUGUGUGAAUCUUAUGGCUUGCUAUUUACCUAGUCUCCUCUAGGGCAUUAUCUCAGAGAGCUCUUGGUAAAAAAGUGGAAUAAAGCUUACAUUUUACUAAGUUAUUUAAACUUUUAGGGCAAUGUUUGUGUCAGGACUGAACACGGCAAGCUUCUGUUCCGAAUAAUUAAAUUCUAGUCUGGAUCCGUUUAACUUGAAGAAGACCAUCAUUUUAUUUAUUUAUCUAUUCUUCAACUUUAAAAUAUUAUGGAACAUAAAGUUAAAACUCUUGACAGCCAAAGAUAAGAGAUGCAAAAUUACUCGCUGAAAUUAUGUGGCCGGCUUACCGAGGCUGCCAAGUAACAAGUUGAAAUCUUGAGCGUACUCCACCCGAUCGCUCUUGCAUUUAUACUAAAAAAUUAGCUCUAAUUGAUGUCCUUAUUGAUGUCCUUCAUCGAUGAAGACCAGAGAAUUACGUCUUGGCAAACAAAAAUCAAACAUGACUUCAUUGAAACCUCGGUCACCUCUUCUUUCCUGUCUUCCUUUUUUCCAUCGGCUAGACUUGAAUUGUUCAGCGGCAGACGUCUCUUGCGUUAACGAGUAGGCCAUAUAUCUCUCGCUUGUUUCUUUUUUUCUUGCCACCAAGAUUUGUUUAUAUUUCUGUUCACCGAAUUGCGGUGAGCUGGCUUUUGUACUCGGUUUCAAUGUGAAGUUUGGGCAAACAUGUUUGCCGCUUUUCUCCAGCCAUCGUCCACUUGUCGAGCUUCUGAUGCUUCACAAACCUACAAAAUCAUCCUGUUUCCUUGAAGAUAUACGCGUCCUUUUUGAUUGCGAACAGCAAAUCACCACUAAACAUUAAAAGCAGAAGGCAUCCCACGUAAUUGUAUUUAAAACGGAGUUCGUACAAAGCUAUUUUAGGUGGAAUCCGUGCUUAAACAUCUGCAAGUUCUCUGAAAGUCUUUAUUUGCAAUUUUUGUUUAUCCUCCGCCUCGCUUUCAUGACUAGGCACCAGUUUUUUCCCGCGUGUCCGCCAUUUGUGAAUACGGUGUAUGAAAAUGCCUGGCGGUAGAACAAAGUUUAGCAAUGCAUGGCUUUCUGCCGUCGAUUCCAAUGGUCAAAGAUUGAGUUCUUGGUGUCGUAAAGGAGUAGAUGACUACCAUGCUUACUGUAGGUUUUGUGAUAGUGAGUUUCUUUGUGACAACUCUGGAAAAGCGCAGAUAUUGCAACAUGCGAGGAAAGCAAAGCAUGUUCAGGCUGUUAAACCUGCAAGGGAUGAGUCUCAAGGAAAGUUGUUUGUACUGCAGAGUCAACCAAGUGCAGGCAUCUCAAACCGUUGUGAUCUGCCAGAGCACAGGAGAAGUUCGUCUGGACAGCUGUCCAUUAUCAAUUACAAAAAUGCCAGCUUGCAAGCAGAGGUGAUUUGGUUAGCAAAGUUGGCGUCAUGUAACUUUAGCUUUCGCUCAGUUGACAAUCUUGGCAACACAUUUAAAGCGAUGUUUCCUGACAGCAAGAUUGCUUCAAGUUUUUCAAUGGGUAGAAGCCGUGCAUCCUAUGUUAUUGGGGAAGGCUUGGGCCCUCACUGCACACAGAUAAUUGUUGAUGAUGUAAAGAAGUCAGAACUGCCUUUUUGUUUACACUUUGACGAAACCUCCACCACGCAGGUCAAGAAACAGAUGGAUCUUACCUUUCGUUACUGGUCCCCGACUCAUAAUGAAGUCUGGAUAAACUUCUAUACCUCUUUAUUUUUUGGUCAUGCAGAGGGUGAAAAGGUGGCUAACCGUAUCUUCCAAACNCGCAUUGUGACGCAAGAAAGGACACUUCUUGGAGAGAGGACCAUUGUUGGCCUUAGAUCUGUGAAAGAUGCUUUGAAGUUUUAUGAUCCUGAAAACCUGAGACCGGAAAAAUUUGCCCUGACAGAUGGUCUUCUAACUGCUGUGCGAUCUGCGCACAUGCAUCAUAGACAGCGGCUGGAUGAAGAAGAAGCCGAGAAGAAGAGAAAGGAGGUGGAUGAGAAAUUGAAAGCUGAAGAGGAAGAACGAAGGAAAAGAGACCAGGAGAAGUUAAGAAAAGAGACAAGAUCGUUGAGAGAUAAAGGAGAGAGGCUAGACAAGAAGGAGCAGGAGGCAAUGGAUGAAAUGCAAACGGCUAAUGAGCUACUGUCAGAGGGCACAUGUAAGUUGCAGGCUGCUCUAUCUUCAGGUUCCAAGGUUGAUUCACAAGGUGCAAAAGUUGCAUGUCUCAUGAUUGAAACGGCCAAAUCGAAUCAGGCAAAGGCAAAGAGGAAGCUUGAAGCAGUAAGGGAGAAGCAAAAGGAGGUUAACAUAAACAAUCAGAAGUUGCUGGAGAAAGCUCUACCAGCGGAUGUUUCUGCUGUACCAUUAAAGAAAAGAAAGUCAAAGUAA